AUGCAGAUGCAGCGUCCAUCACGACUGGAGAAGGAGGAGCCCAUUGAUGCACUGUGUCAUCACUUCAACGUCCAGCCAAACCAAAUCGACACGACAAACCUCGGCGCCGCACUGGACAUGUUCGUCCUGCGCGAUGCCCAGAUGCCCACCCACGCCCUCGCCGUCAGCCAACCCGACCAGCCGACGGCGCCGCCUCUUAUGCUGCCCAUCGACGCGACGCUCUUCGAGCAGGGAUUCCGCCUCAAGCUCAACCUCCCAGCCGUGCUUCCCGGUACCACCGCGCCCGUACCACGCCUCACCGGUGUCCCGCAAGCGCUCAUGGUCUCGCUCCCGGUCGUGCACGUCACCGUUCCGCACGUUUCGUCCCUCCCACUCCUCUUACUAUACGGCAUGCGCCUCGAGACGCACCCGAACAUCCUCGCGUGGAGCCUGCUCCCCGUCGACGUCGUCGAGGAGUUCCCAAACGCGGCAGCAAUGGCUCUCAACCUCUCGCGAUACCGUGACGACCGGUUCGAGCGCAUCUACCGGCACAACCAAGGCCUAUGGAAGAACAUCCUCUCGCUCGGGCUUAAUGACACUCGGAUACUCGAGCUUGUACAAACCGCGUGGAAUGUUACGGCAGAGGCGCGUCGGAUCCGCCAGCGCAGUUCUAGCUCGCGACACUAG